AUGCAGUUGACCCACGAUGUGCUGAGUUCUCACCUCUUUGAAGGCCAUUCCAUCCUCUCCUACGGUGCCGUUUUGAAACUGAAAUUAGCACUGAAACCGAGUCUCAGAUUCAGGAAUCUAGUUCAGUUAUCGCCAUUCCAUAGCCAAGUUGUCUUGAAGAGCAAACAACUCUCGGAGGACAUUGUGUUGGACAAGUUUAAUGCGUUGAGGAACGAUUAUCGGAUGCCGCAAUACCCAAUUGUCCUGUGUCAUGGAUUUUUUGGUUUUGACCAGCUUCUGAUUCUCCCCAACCCAAGCACCGUCAAAAGAAAGCUGCUUUCCUGGUUCGGAUACGAGCAGCCGCAAGGCAAAUCGGAUGUACAAUAUGCAGCUGAAGACUACAAGCUUUGGGAGUAUUUUAAAGGUGUCGGAAAAGAGUUACGAGCAAGAGGACUGACCGUACUGAUAGCCCGGGUUCCACCAUUUGGAACAGUAGAAGAACGUGCUCAGGUGUUGAACGGCUUCAUCACAGCCAAUCUUGGAGAGGGUACCAAAGUCAACCUGAUAGCCCACUCUAUGGGGGGUUUGGAUUGCCGAUAUCUGAUAUCGAGGGUAGAAGACAAAAAGUUCGAAGUUGCAAGUCUAACAACAGUUUCUACGCCGCACCACGGCUCGUCCAUCGCAGACAUCAUUGUUCAGAAUGUGCCGCUUCCGAAGGUGCCAGGAAACACCAUUUAUCAGCUGAGCCAAGAGUAUUGUGACACUGAAUUCAACCCAGAGACUCCUGAUGAUCCUAGAGUGCUUUAUUUUAGUUAUGGAUCGCGAUGCAAGCCGAGCUGGACGAAUCCUUUCUACUACCCGUGGAAGCUGCUCAAGCAAAAGGAAGGCCCCAACGACGGGAUGGUGAGUUGCCAGUCGGCCAGAUGGGGCCAAUACAUGGGAACUAUAGAAAAUGUGGACCAUUUGGAGCUGUUGAACUGGAAGGUGAAGGAGGACUUCAAUGCUAUGGCGCUGUAUCUGGAGAUCAUGGAUACGUUAAAUAAGAAGGGACUAUGA